AUGGCUGGGAUCAGCUUGCAGACGAAUCAAAUUCCCUGGGAGUCGUUGCUUCUAAUGGAUGAGCACACUGGUGGUGCAGACAUCCAACCUGCAUUGAGGCGAUCUCUCCUCCCGGCUCCUCUUCGUAUUGGGUCCGCGUCAACAUCUUCAUCUCACUACCAGACCCCCUCGCCCCCGAUUAGCCCUGCUCCGACUCUUCUGGUGUCUGUUCAAACUCCUCAACAUACCCGUUCUAUGUCAGGGAAGCUCUCUCUGCAUGAAUAUCGUAGGAAACUGUCACACCCAGAAGCCGAUGACGGAACAACUAUAGCUCCGAGGAGAAUGUUGAAAAGGAAGCCAAAGACUACAAAUUUGAACAACAGACAAGGGAACACCAUCCCCCUCUCACCACCAGCAACUCCUCCAGCACCACCUUCUUUUUUCACACCUAGCCCGCCUGUUUCUCCUAUCCUUGUGCCUGAUCAUCUUAUCUUUGGUUCUGGAUACAGCAACGCGUCUGAUCUAGUUAGGAGCUGUGAAGUUUCGCCUAUAGAUGAGUCUUUCUCGGAUUUUGGACGCACAACACCCCAAAAUACAUUGACACAAAAUUAUCUAUAUGAAGCACCAGCAGAUAAUAAAUCCCAAUAUAGGACCUUGACAACCCUACGUGACUCUAUCCGACAAAUACCAAUAAGAUUCGCAACACAUACCAAAUCAGCCUCUGAAUCAGCUCUGCCUAGAACUCUUCGCCAUAGGGGUGUCUCAUUUGAGAUAUUAACACCUCAAAGAUAUACAGGCUCUUCUAUGUCUCCAACUUCGGUUGGGGUAGGCAGCCCUAUCAAAAGUGACAUGCCAAGUACAGCUUCCCUAGACGUGGAAAUCGAAAUCCCCAAGCGAGCAAAAUCACCACCCCCAAGGCUUCGUCGGCGCUCUGCCUCCCUGGGCGCUGAAAGGAGGUGUACUCCUUCUCGUGCUUUGUUUGAAGACCUUCCAACCGCCUAUUCUUCAAUCACUUCGGGGACAUCCAACAAGAAUAGGCCGACUAAUCCUACAGCCUAUAGUUAUGAGGAUUUGCCACAGGUUCCGCAUGAAGCUCUAGCUCAAUGUGGCCGAUCUAUAGCCUCGGAUGUGGAGCCUUCUGCUUCCCAGGAGAUCCCAGUUGGCUUAUUAGACUCAAUUACCCUAGAUAUUACCCAAGGUCAGACUGCGGUAGAAGAAGCAUCCGCGGCCUCUGAAGCCGUAAACGAAGCCGCCCAUCCUUGCAACACCGAAAGCAAGCCAAAUAAGCUUGUGAAGCGUCGUCUCUAUGGCACAAACGACUCUUCUUCUCCUGGGUGUAGCCGUUUGCGCCCGAUAAUCUCCACGUUCCUGAAUCGCCGCCAACCAAACUUGCAUGGCGCUCGUGGCCGCAUUGAGAAGCCAAAGACAAUCAAUGAUAUCAUCAACGGGAGAACGAACUCUAGGCCUGGAUCUGCCCUUGGUGAGAUAGAACAACGGAUGCAGACUGAAUCUGCCAUAAAGUCUCAACAGCCAGAGUCCACUCGGAAUAGCUUUGCUGCUAGUCAUCAAGAAGUUGCUACUUCUCAUCUUCUCAAAGCCGGUGGUGAACCUGACGAGGCUGUAUCCCAAGACAACCACGAUGAUCCACCAGCUACCCCUUCGCCGCCGUUUUCCUUCACCGACAGCAAGCGACUUGAGGAAUGGAAGUCCUUUAUCCUCACAGGCACAACCGACCAAAUUUCUUCUGAGAAUCUCCCCAAGAACAUGCAACGGACCAGCAUAUUUGGUCCUAACUUCUCUCGGCCAAUGUCUGCUCGUUCCCGACAUCGUAAAGCUGAUCGUCGGGUGGAGCGUCGACCUCAGACGUCUGAUGCCGCCUCUUCUUCAGGGGCAUGCCGUACAAACCCUUCGCGGCUCUCCAUGUCGUCUUUAUUUGGCCCCAGAGACGACCAGGCACAGCAAAUGGGAGUGUCUGUCUUCGACCCUCCACCAGAUCAAGCAUUUUCUCCUGCUCGAACCGAGAUGAUGACCGGUGCAGGAACGCAUUUUGAAGAUCUGGGCCCCGGAAGCAGCCAGAGUUCAUCUAGCAACAGACUCAGCAUGCAUACUGAAUCUUCAAUGGCAUUGGCGUCUCCUCAACGUCCAAAGUCCGCCGCACCAUUCGAGCCCAAAGAUAAAACCAAAAGUUACCCCCCAUUUUUCCAUGCUCACCUUGGCAGCACGCGGCCAAACAAGAGGCGUGAGCAAAGCAUAUCGACUUUGGCAAAACAUAAGGGAAAGCAGAGUAUUAGUUCUGUCCUUGAUGAUGACAGUGAUACUGACACAGACGAAGGAGGCUCUGAAAAAGAUUGGGAGACGGUUACUGAGAGCCUAAUGUUAGGAUCUAGGUCCCAAGUCCCGAUAUCAAACUUGGAGUCGGGCAGCAGCUUGGCUAAUUACUCCAGUGCUGGGACUCUGGCCAACAGAAGUAUAAUAGAUAUACCCUCCCAGCCCCCCCAGGGGAGCAGUGAAAUGAGAUUCCCGUUCCGUGACAGAUCCCCUAGAUUCCGCCGACCGAGCUGGUUGCAUACGACUCGCCAGCGCCGAUUCCCUGAAAUCAGUGCCCCCAGUUGUCCACGACACCUUUACUCGAUGUCCGAGUUACCCAGCGACCCCGAGAUGCUGUACAGCACUCCGCCGCCUCUGAUGGCAUCGACAGCGCAACAGCCUGCUCCGCGAGCGGCUUCGUACUCCCAGUACCACCACCCAUCCCCCCUUCGAGACUCCCACCCGAACCCUUUCCAAUCCACUCCCCCUUCCCUGAACGAGAUCCAGCCGAGCGAGCAGCACGCAAAAGCCGGACGAGAUUCAAAGUCCGGCUUUGUGUCUGCAAUUCGCAGUAGUAAGUUGACCUUUCAAGAUGAUAAUGAAACCAGUACCAACAGCAGCAACCCAUUUAACUCUGCCCAGUAUGGCUCAGGCCCCAUUAGGAGCCUACGUCCCUUGCCUGCUCGAUCAUCAAUGGAAGCAUCAGCAUGGUGGACAAGGCCAGAUUUUAAUACCAUGAAGCCCCAGCACUCCUUUCACUCUGCCCCUUUUUCUUCCAGCAUCAGAGGCGUGAGAGACGGAACAUCUCCUCACAGCCGCAACGUCUCUUCCUCUGCCCAUCCUCAUCUUCAUCCUCACCAUCACCACCACCCAACCUCUAGCUCAGCAACACGGGAAAUUCCAGCAACUGACACCUUUGACAGUAAAAAUCCCUUGCCUGUGACACCCCCUCCUGCAUCCCAUCCUGCCCGGUCACAGACAUCUUCACUUGGACCUCGAGUUUCCUGCACGACAGAGGAAGAUAUUGAGCUUGAACCCCUUACGCGUACCCGCCGCCAUCGAUCAGUCCCACCUCGUUCUCGCGUCAGCUCAUUAAGCAGCCUUGUAUCUGGCGGUACUUCGACUUCAAGAAACGCUCCUGGUACUCUAUACAAAUCCAUUAGAGCUGCUCACGACAAGACUCGAAGCUACCGUGACCACCGCCACCAUCGCACUCUGACGAACAAUUCAACCUCUACCAUGGGCGAGCAUCUUCUCUCUGCCAGACCAGACACCCGAGCGUCAUCUAGAGGCGAAUAUCGACGCGACUUGACUCCAUCUAACAUGGACGAGUACGAGCAUCCAGCUGAACGAGAGCGGGUAUCCAGUCCUAGAUCCAUCUUUGCCAUGUCACCACCAGCCAGGUACAGCAGCCGCCCUCCGACGCGCAGCCAAAGUGUGAGCACUGCCAGAAAGCUCCGCAGCCCCAAACCAGAUGACUUGCUUCGUGAACGUCUGGACCGAAUCGAAACAGCUUCAGUCGUGCUAUCAAACCAUUCACCAUCUCUGCACGACUCAUGUGUCCGUUCCCCCUGGACAACCUGCCAGCCAGCAAAGCAAUUCACCAUCAUCAAUGGAGCGUCAUCAUUCUUCGCUACCAUCGAUGAAGAAACCGGCAGCGUACCAGACGCAUAUUGUUCUACCUAUGGCCGCCACGUCUUCCCCGAGCCACCGCGUCUAACCCCUCAGCCCCGUCGACAGUACCAGAAUCAGAACGUCGAUGCUUUAGGCUCCGCUGAACGAGCAGGUGUCAAUGGAGGCAGAAAUUUGAGCGCCCAACGACGUGUUGGAAGACAGCUGAUCUUGCUCUUUUCGCUUUUUGUGCCUUUUGGAUGGUUUGCGGUUGCUUAUAUUGGGUUUGACGGCAAGUUGGCCGACCAGUUGAUCCGCUGGAGAUCCAAGGGAGCCAUUAGCGAGUUUCACGUCAAGGACAAGUACUGGGCCAGCCAGCUGGCUGUUUCCUACGGGGUGUUUACUCUUAUUGCGCUGCUUGUGGUGUUGACCAUCUGCUUAACUGCCCUGUGA